AUGUGGGUACAGAGGAGGUGGGUACAGAGGAGGUGGGUACAGAGAGGUGGGUGCAGAGGAGGUGGGUGCAGAGGAGGUGGGUGCAGAGGAGGUGUGUACAGAGGAGGUGGGUGCAGAGGAGGUGUGUACAGAGAGGUGGGUACAGAGGAGGUGUGUACAGAGGAGGUGGGUACAGAGGAGUUGGGUGCAGAGGAGGUGUGUACAGAGGAGGUGGGUACAGAGGAGGUGUGUACAGAGGAGGUGGGUGCAGAGGAGUUGGGUGCAGAGGAGGUGUGUACAGAGGAGGUGGGUGCAGAGGAGUUGGGUGCAGAGGAGGUGUGUACAGAGGAGGUGGGUACAGAGGAGGUGGGUGCAGAGGAGGUGGGUGCAGAGGAGGUGUGUACAGAGGAGGUGUGUACAGAGGAGGUGGGUACAGAGGAGGUGGGUGCAGAGGAGGUGGGUGCAGAGGAGGUGUGUACAGAGGAGGUGGGUACAGAGGAGGUGGGUACAGAGGAGGUGGGUACAGAGGAGGUGCGUACAGAGGAGGUGGGUACAGAGAGGUGGGUACAGAGAGGUGGGUACAGAGGAGGUGUGUACAGAGGAGGUGGGUACAGAGGAGGUGGGUGCAGAGGAGGUGUGUACAGAGGAGGUGGGUACAGAGGAGGUGGGUACAGAGGAGGUGGGUACAGAGGAGGUGCGUACAGAGGAGGUGGGUACAGAGAGGUGGGUACAGAGAGGUGGGUACAGAGGAGGUGGGUACAGAGGAGGUGGGUACAGAGGAGGUGGGUACAGAGGAGGUGGGUACAGAGGAGGUGGGUGCAGAGGAGGUGGGUGCAGAGGAGGUGGGUGCAGAGGAGGUGUGUACAGAGGAGGUGGGUGCAGAGGAGGUGUGUACAGAGAGGUGGGUACAGAGGAGGUGUGUACAGAGGAGGUGGGUGCAGAGGAGGUGGGUGCAGAGGAGGUGGGUGCAGAGGAGGUGUGUACAGAGGAGGUGGGUGCAGAGGAGGUGUGUACAGAGAGGUGGGUACAGAGGAGGUGUGUACAGAGGAGGUGGGUGCAGAGGAGGUGGGUGCAGAGGAGGUGUGUACAGAGGAGGUGGGUACAGAGGAGGUGGGUGCAGAGGAGGUGGGUGCAGAGGAGGUGUGUACAGAGGAGGUGUGUACAGAGGAGGUGUGUACAGAGGAGGUGUGUACAGAGGAGGUGGGUACAGAGGAGGUGGGUGCAGAGGAGGUGUGUACAGAGGAGGUGGGUGCAGAGGAGGUGUGUACAGAGAGAGGAGGUGGGUACAGAGGAGGUGGGUACAGAGGAGGUGCGUACAGAGGAGGUGGGUACAGAGAGGUGGGUACAGAGGAGGUGGGUACAGAGGAGGUGGGUACAGAGGAGGUGGGUACAGAGGAGGUGGGUACAGAGGAGGUGGGUACAGAGGAGGAGGAGGUGUGUACAGAGGAGGUGGGUGCAGAGGAGGUGGGUGCAGAGGAGGUGUGUACAGAGGAGGUGGGUACAGAGGAGGUGGGUGCAGAGGAGGUGUGUACAGAGGAGGUGUGUACAGAGGAGGUGUGUACAGAGGAGGUGGGUACAGAGGAGGUGGGUACAGAGGAGGUGGGUACAGAGGAGGUGGGUGCAGAGGAGGUGUGUACAGAGGAGGUGUGUACAGAGGAGGUGGGUACAGAGGAGGUGGGUGCAGAGGAGGUGUGUACAGAGGAGGUGGGUGCAGAGGAGGUGUGUACAGAGAGGUGGGUACAGAGAGGUGGGUACAGAGGAGAUAUGAACAGAGGAGGUGUGUACAGAGGAGGUGUGUACAGAGGAGGUGGGUACAGAGGAGGUGGGUACAGAGGAGGUGGGUACAGAGGAGGUGGGUACAGAGAGGUGGGUACAGAGGAGGUGGGUACAGAGGAGGUGGGUACAGAGGAGGUGGGUACAGAGGAGGUGGGUACAGAGGAGGUGGGUACAGAGGAGGUGGGUACAGAGGAGGAGGAGGUGGGUACAGAGGAGGUGGGUACAGAGGAGGUGGGUACAGAGGAGGAGGAGGUGGGUACAGAGGAGGUGGGUGCAGAGGAGGUGGGUGCAGAGGAGGUGGGUACAGAGGAGGAGGAGGUGGGUACAGAGGAGGUGGGUGCAGAGGAGGUGGGUGCAGAGGAGGUGGGUACAGAGGAGGAGGAGGUGGGUACAGAGGAGGUGGGUGCAGAGGAGGUGGGUAGCAGACUCGAUGCAUGCGGCAAAAGCAGGAGAUAA